GCUGCCAGGGUUGGGUGCGCCGCUGAACGGAUGGCAGAGGGAGCCCAGCCGAUUCCUGAGGAACGCUGGCCAGCUAUUUGAGUGUCAUCUGCUGCCUCCCAUUGAUGUCAAGAUGACUAAGCUGGGAUUUUUGCGGUUGUCCUAUGAGAAGCAGGACACACUACUGAAGCUUCUCAUUCUGUCGAUGGCUGCUGUGUUAUCGUUCUCUACUCGUCUCUUUGCUGUCCUGAGAUUUGAAAGUGUCAUCCAUGAGUUUGACCCGUACUUUAAUUAUCGGACUACCCGGUUCCUGGCUGAGGAGGGAUUUUAUAAAUUUCAUAAUUGGUUUGAUGACCGAGCCUGGUAUCCUUUGGGACGAAUCAUUGGAGGAACAAUUUAUCCAGGCUUAAUGAUCACGUCUGCUGCAAUCUACCAUGUACUCCAUUUUUUCCACAUCACCAUCGACAUUCGGAAUGUCUGUGUGUUCCUGGCCCCUCUCUUCUCUUCCUUCACCACCAUCGUCACGUACCACCUUACCAAAGAGCUCAAGGAUGCAGGGGCUGGGCUUCUUGCUGCCGCCAUGAUUGCUGUAGUUCCUGGGUACAUCUCCCGAUCUGUGGCUGGCUCCUAUGAUAAUGAAGGGAUUGCCAUCUUCUGCAUGCUCCUCACCUACUACAUGUGGAUCAAAGCAGUAAAGACUGGUUCCAUCUAUUGGGCUGCCAAGUGUGCCCUUGCUUAUUUCUACAUGGUCUCUUCCUGGGGAGGCUAUGUGUUCUUGAUCAACUUGAUCCCUCUCCAUGUACUGGUGCUGAUGCUCACAGGACGCUUCUCCCACCGGAUCUAUGUGGCCUACUGUACUGUUUACUGCCUGGGCACCAUUCUUUCCAUGCAGAUCUCCUUUGUGGGUUUCCAGCCCGUCCUUUCGUCAGAGCACAUGGCGGCUUUUGGGGUCUUUGGUCUCUGCCAGAUCCAUGCCUUUGUGGAUUAUCUGCGCAGCAAGUUGAAUCCACAGCAGUUUGAAGUUCUUUUCCGAAGUGUCAUCUCCCUGGUAGGCUUUGUCCUUCUCACCGUGGGAGCGCUCCUCAUGCUGACAGGAAAAAUAUCUCCCUGGACUGGGCGUUUCUACUCACUGCUGGAUCCUUCUUACGCUAAGAACAACAUCCCCAUCAUUGCUUCUGUGUCUGAGCAUCAGCCCACGACCUGGUCCUCAUACUAUUUUGACCUACAGCUUCUGGUCUUCAUGUUUCCAGUUGGUCUCUAUUACUGCUUUAGCAACCUGUCUGAUGCCCGGAUUUUCAUCAUCAUGUAUGGUGUGACCAGCAUGUAUUUUUCAGCUGUCAUGGUGCGUCUCAUGCUAGUGUUGGCACCUGUAAUGUGCAUCCUUUCUGGCAUUGGAGUCUCCCAGGUGCUGUCCACUUACAUGAAGAAUCUGGACAUAAGUCGUCCAGACAAAAAGAGCAAGAAGCAACAGGAUUCUACCUACCCUAUUAAGAAUGAAGUGGCGAGUGGGAUGAUAUUGGUCAUGGCUUUCUUUCUCAUCACCUACACGUUUCAUUCAACCUGGGUGACCAGUGAGGCCUACUCUUCUCCCUCCAUCGUGCUGUCUGCCCGUGGUGGGGAUGGCAGUAGGAUCAUUUUUGAUGACUUUCGAGAAGCAUACUAUUGGCUCCGUCACAAUACUCCAGAGGAUGCGAAGGUCAUGUCAUGGUGGGAUUAUGGUUACCAGAUUACGGCUAUGGCAAAUCGGACAAUUUUAGUGGACAAUAACACAUGGAAUAAUACCCAUAUUUCUCGAGUAGGACAGGCAAUGGCAUCCACAGAAGAAAAAGCCUAUGAGAUCAUGAGGGAGCUUGAUGUCAGCUAUGUGCUGGUCAUUUUUGGAGGCCUUACUGGGUAUUCCUCUGAUGAUAUCAAUAAGUUUCUGUGGAUGGUCCGCAUUGGAGGGAGCACCGACACAGGCAAACAUAUUAAGGAGCAUGAUUAUUAUACUCCAACUGGGGAAUUCCGUGUGGACCGUGAAGGUUCUCCAGUGCUGCUCAACUGCCUUAUGUACAAGAUGUGUUACUACCGCUUUGGACAGGUCUACACAGAAGCCAAGCGCCCACCAGGCUUUGACCGUGUCCGGAAUGCUGAGAUUGGGAAUAAAGACUUUGAACUUGAUGUCCUGGAGGAAGCAUAUACCACAGAACAUUGGCUAGUCAGGAUAUAUAAGGUAAAGGACCUGGAUAAUCGAGGCUUGUCACGGACAUAAAUGUUACAGCCAGCUCUGAUACGCUUCGCACUGAAUGCGUCACGUUUAGGACGCUGAAGACGUUUUUUAAAUAUGCAGUUUAUAAGAACAGAGCACGAUGGGAUUAGUAUUGUCUGGAAGUUUUGCCCUGGGCAGUACGGGCUGGGCCAAAUGGAACGAUUUUUAUAAUUCUGAGCAGGUUACCAAAUGAAAUGUCAUGGCUUUACUUUGGUCAAUUAAAGGGGGGAACUUUUUUUUUUUAAAUGUGCCUUAUUUCUUUUGACUUAUGGCUGGUUUGAGAAAGGCAAAAGUUUGUGCUGGGCUGAUAGAAGGAGGGAAAGCAGACCUCGUCCAUGCUCUUAGCUUCCUAAUUGAACCCCGUGGGGGCAUUCUGUCUCUCUCAAAUCAGGAACACUAUCAAGGACUAGCUCAGAUCCUACACGUACAAAUAAUUUUGUCAUUUCAAAAAUCGUAGCACCUAGCACAAAGCCUUGCAUACGGUGGGUGCUCAGUAAACUUUUAUUAAAUAAAUAAAUGUUUGUGGAACCAGAGGAGUGCCAUUUCUGGACAGGAAAGGCAGUGCGUUGCCGUCACGUCUCUGUUCUUAACGUCUCUUGUCCUUAGAAGCUCUUUGCUUUUAUGAGGGACAGAAGGUAGUCGACUAGUCAGACCUGAUCUCACCAGUAUUCUUUGGGAUUAGCUAGGUUUUUUUGUUUUUGUUUUGUUUUUUUUCUUGAGCAAGAAUAAAUCAAGUGAGGAUCACGUGAAGUUUUGAAGAAAGACUCAAAGCAGUGAAAUUAUUGUUCUCAAUGGACGUGAAACUUCUCCAGUAUUAUAUAUGGAAUUUGAUGAUCAGUUGGUAUUUUUGAAUCAGCUGAAAUAUAAUCAGACAUUUCUAUUUGAAA